AUGAUAAACGUAGUCAACGAAUUCUUAGAUGACCUGCGCGGUGGAAGAAUGACCGAGUCGCCGGUAGUAAGGGUGGAGGAGGGUGAACUCCAGGGGAAGCUCGUGAACUCCCCAACUGGGAAAGCUUUCUACAGCUUUCAGGGUAUCCCGUAUGCGAAGCCACCCAUCGGAUCCUUGAGGUUUAAGGCGCCCCAGCCACCAGAACCUUGGGAAGGAGUACGAGAUGCAACAUUAGAGGGCAACUCCUGUGCUCAAUUAGACCUCUUUUUCGAGAAAAAGUAUCUCGGUGAUGAAAGCUGUCUUUUCUUGAAUGUCUACACACCAAAUCUCGAUGGCGAAUUCCUGCCCGUCAUGGUAUUCAUUCACGGCGGUUCCUUUAGGAUGGGUUCUGGAAAUUCUGCUCUAUACGGUGCCGAUUAUUUAGUUGAGAAGGAUGUUGUCGUUGUAACUAUCAACUAUAGAUGUGGUCCUCUCGGUUUCCUCUGUCUAAACACUCCAGAAGUUCCUGGUAACGCUGGUCUCAAAGACGUAGUACAGGCUCUGCGAUGGGUCAAGGAGAAUAUCAAAAACUUUGGAGGUAAUUCCGGUAAUAUCACAGUGUUCGGCGAGAGCUGUGGAGGAGCGAUCGUAUCCUUGUUGACAGCUAGUCCUAUAUCCAAAAAUAUGUUCAGCAAGGCGAUUAUACAAUCAGGAAUCGCUUUAAACCACUGGUCGUACCAACAAACUCCGCUAGAGAACGCGAAAGCUUUAGCUCAAGAGUUGGGUUGCGAAUCGUCAGAUGUUGGUGAAGUUUACGAAUUCUUGAUGACAACACCAGUUAAAGAUAUGAUCGAGGCAGUAGAAAGGCUAGCUCCGAUCCAAUCAAUAAUCAAUAACGACAAAAUUAUGUUUGCUCCGGUUGUUGAGAAAGAGUUUCCCGGUGUAGAAGCUUUUCUGACAGAACCGUUCAUUGACGUCUUAACCUCCGGACGAUUAGCUGAAGUUCCGGUCAUGGUCGGUUCGACUACUCUGGAAUUUAUUUUCGAAAAGGAAUCUGACGAUUUGCAAUCUUACAUUCCAUCAGAUCUGCAAAUCGAGAGGAAUACACCAGAGUCAUUAGCAAUUGCUGAGAAAAUAAAAUCUCUAUACUUUAAAGGGAACCCUUCAAGUGUCGAGAGUUUGAAAGAUAAAUUCCAUUUAACGUCUGACUAUUCGAUCAAUAUCGGCAUACAUAGAUAUAUUAAAUACCUAAUAAAUAACACAAAUAAGCCUAUAUAUUACUAUAAGUUUGAUUAUAUCGGUGAAUUGAACAUCAGCGGUUAUUUACCGCAGAGCUUGGAUAUGAAACACGCGGGGCAUAUGGAUGACCUUGCGUAUUUAUUUAAUAAUGAUAUGCAGAAGACCAUUGAACCAACUCCACAGGAUGUUAAGAUGAGGGAAAGGAUGCUGAGGCUUUGGACCAACUUCGCUAAAUGCGGCAACCCGACACCCGACGAGAACCAUUACCUGACGGUGACAUGGUUGCCAGUAACCAAAGACAACCUCUACUACCUAAACCUCGGCAACGAACUAUCACUAGGAACAAAUCCCGACAAAGAAAAGAUGGAAUACUGGGAGUCACUAUACAGCAAAUACUACAAAAUAUGGGAUCAUCCGAAAACAAACGAAAUAGAACCAACAAGUGUUAAAAUUGUUGAUCAACCAGACGGAGUUGCAUCAACGCCUGUUCAAGUUAUUGAACAACCAGAGCAAGUAAAACCAACGCCUGUACAAAAUGUCCACCAAUCAGAGGAUUUCGGAAUCAACAUCGGCAAAAUUCAAGAGAAAUUCGAAAAUCCACAAAACGGCGUUGAUCAAAUUAAUUUGAACGGUAAUUCAGACAAGAAACCUAGACCAUCUAAUGAAAUCAAGAUGGUACAAAGCAAUAACAUAAACCCUAAAGACGUCAUAAGGGCUAACGAUCCACCAGAGGACGACCUUCCCAAAAAUAUCGGUGUGAACAAAUUUGUCAAUUUCUUUGAAUCUUUGGGCGGUAAGAAGUAAUUUUCUAAAUAUCUAUCUUCUCAAUGCCUCGUAUAGAUUAUGAAACGAAUUUUUGUUUUCCCUAUUUUAAUAAUAAAUACAGCUAAUAUUAUUAUUUCAUAUAAAACUUAUACAGCUACCAUUUAAUUAUUGAAGAAUUAUUUAUUUAUU